AUGUCAAACAACAAUCCUAUCCAAUCCUUAAGUGACAGAGUUAAAGACUCGUCACAGCAACAACAACAACAGAACACAACCAGCAACCCCUCACAGCAACCAACCCAGAUCCGCGGCCCCAAUCCCAUCACCCAUCACACCCCCACCCCUUCCACUCUUCCUUCUUCCAUCCCAAUUCCCCACAAGAACGCACCUCAGUCGCAAGACAAAGAGAACGGAUCGAUGUCAAAGUCGCAAUCCGACCCGAAAGGGAAUGAACCUAGGCCAAACAAGGUCGGAGAGUCGGAUCCACCACAUAGUGGCCUGGUAACCAGAGCAACGCUUAAGAACCCAAUAGAGAUCAUGGACGACUCGCGUAGCAGAGGCCCAGCUAAGGCGACCAACGCUAGGGCAAAGGAAAUCCUACUAGCCAAAGCGGUCAAAGCUCAAGAGGAUGGUGACGACGUCAAGGCAGACCGGUUCUUCACAAUGUACGAGUCGAUAAUGACCGAAGAACCCCCUAGCCCAAAACCUUCCACCACUACCACCGAGGUCACGGUAAUGCCCAACCCCACGGUCAACUCCAAGAAGCGACCGGUCGAGGCCGAGGGUACGACUCAAGUGAGAGGCAUAAAGUUCAUCUGGACUAACUCUAACUCCCACGAUGACGGUGGUUUCACGCCGUACUUCCACAAAAAUCUACUUGAGUUGAAGGGCCCAAUCCCCUUAACCAUCUUCAACAAAGCCUGGCAAGAAGAGGCACUCUCCUACCACUCGAAGAACAGACCCAAAUCGGAAGAGUCUUCCUCCGAGAAAAACCUUCGCUACCACGGCUUAGCAGUCCCAGACGAAUGGUUACAGUCGUUUGCUGACUGGACUCUCAACCACCGCUGUUUCCAUGAGACGAUGCGCGACAGGUACAACUACCCUGUCCUCGCUGAAUGGAUCCUAAUCCACAAAGCCAAUUGCGACCGAUUGCAGAAGAAACACGGUUUCAUGGUAGCCUUACGCUACGAUAUCAGGAUACGUAACAAUGCCUUCACAUUCAGAGUCGAGAAAGACGGUGAAGAGUCCUUUUCGAACAUAUCUAUAUUCAAACCUGAGACAGCGGACAACGCUCACUCCGAGGCACGCAACUUCAAUGAGUUGGGAGUCAAAGAAAACCCCUACACCCUGGGAGGUCCCAAAUACGGAUGGGAUCCCCACACCGGCCAAAAAUCCGCCAAAUCAACUUCCACAACCACGCCGGCCCCCAACAAUAAGGCGACCAACAACCACACCGGCGGUCCACCAACCCAAGCGGUGUCGAGUAACCUUCCACCCAAACCGGACCAAGGAAGACCCCCCAGAACCUCCGGCUACAAAGGGAGGAAUUUCAACCCAAACCACAACCUUGCCAGCCAGGCGAAGAGGAAACGAAGAGAUCAUUCUAACAUAAGUCGUACCGUGCCCCGCUCCCUCUCCGCUAGCAGGAAGCCAGGUUAUAAAGGGCUACCAAAAGAGCCCAUUUACCCUAGUGAAGCCGAGCCUCACAUAUCCUCAACACCCCAAGCAGAGAGUAGCCAGUUGACGAUAAGGAGGGACACGACACCGGCGUGGCCCACCGAGAUUAACUGUGAGAUGGACAUAGGGGAAUGGGAGAAAGCACUCAAGAACGCAAAUCUCCUGACCGAAUUCGAGGACGUCAUACGAGGGUUCAGAGAGGGUUUUGACCAAGGAAUCCCUAACCACAACUUAGGCCCGGCCAUCCCAUAUUUCACCCCACCCAACCACCAAUCGGCAUUGUUGGCCCGAGAGAAGAUUGAGCAAUCAAUGGAGAAAGAAAUAGAAGCAGGCCAAAUGUUUGGCCCGUAUACCCAUGAACAACUAAUGAAGAAGUUCGAAUUUUUCCGUACAAACCCUCUUGGAGCCGUCAUCAACGGAGACGGCUCCACCAGACCGAUAAACAACCUCUCAUUUCCACGGAACGACCAAUCAAUCCCUUCCGUCAACUCAUUCGUCGACAAACUAGACUAUGCUACCACAUGGGAUGAUUUCGAGAAGGUCUCCAAGUUCUUCCGAAGGCAGUCGGGCCCACUUCUCCUCGCUCUCUUUGACUGGGAGAAGGCAUACCGCCAAAUCCCAACCGCGAAGUCUCAGUGGGCUUAUCUGAUGGUAAGAGACUUUAACGGGGGUAUCCUAAUAGACACACGGAUAGCCUUCGGAGGGGUAGCAGGAUGCGGCUCUUUCGGAAGGCCUGCCGACGCAUGGAAGCAACUGAUGCUCCACGAGUUCGACUUGGUGACCGUCUUCCGCUGGGUAGACGAUAAUCUCUUUGUCAAACACCCGGACUCCACAGUCGAGAUGCAAGACAUCGUCACCAGGUCAGAGGAACUAGGAGUCAAGACAAAUUCCACCAAAUACUCCCCGUUCAAGGAAGAACAGAAGUAUAUUGGAUUCAUCUGGAAUGCCACACGGAAAACCGUCAGGCUUCCAGACGACAAAAAGUAUCAGAGGAUACAGCAGAUCAAGGAAUUCCUGAACCCCGAAGCGGAAUUCUCCUUCAAACAAGUAGAGGUAAUGGCGGGUAGACUCAACCACGUCUCGUACCUACUUCCUCAACUUUGCUGCUACCUGAACAGCCUAUACCGAUGGCUGAACACCCCCUAA